AUGUCGUCGACGACAGCUCCGAGUAGCUCCACCCAGAAGCUCGCCUCUCCGGGAUUCAACGCCGGCGCCAGACCAUACAGGUCACAUAAGGUCAGGGCAUGUGAUCUGUGCAGGAAGCGCAAGUCUCGGUGCACUGUGGAUAUACCCGGCCAGUCGUGUCUGUUGUGUCGCGUGCAGGGCGCCGAUUGCCACUACCAGGAGGAUUCCAGCCAGGAUGCUCCACUCUCAGACGGCCAUGACACCAAACGCUGGUCCGCAGAUCCGGCGCAAGUGUCGACUGUUGGUCAGAAGCGUAAGCGCAGCUCAGAAGUCGGCUCCCCGGCAAGUGGCAGCCGCCCACGGGCAUCCAGUGUUCCCCAGACAGACUCGGCCGGUGGCCAUCGAGGAAGCGAGUCCAGAUUCGAUGAUCCUCACAAUGAGUCUGUCCUCAUUGUUGGGCCUGUGGUGGCUGACGACGCCCAAGUGAUUGAAAAGUACAUGCCCACCGAGCGGACGAGCAAGUCCGUAGAACCGAAGAACAAUACGUAUAAUGUCUACUCGAGCGAUCCAAGGAAGCCCAUUUUGUACACGACGGUUUCGAGACGAAGACAGGGAAUGCGCGUUGGUAUUCCGCCGGGAGAGAAUCAGAAAGAAAUUCUGGAGCAGAUCUUAGGACCUUUCAAGCACGACCUAGUUAGACUGUUCAUUGACAGGUUCAACGCGGCGUUCCCCAUCUUCGAUGGAGAAAGCUUCUGGGAGGCUUUUAUCUCAGAGACUCCCGGGGACCCGCCAGCCUCUCUUUUGUGUCAGGUUUAUUCGAUGUCUUUAGUGUAUUGGAAGCACACUCCCAAGCUGGCGUGUCAUCCAAAACCAGACGUCCGUUACGCGGUCAAUAUGACCGUGGCCGCUCUACACGAGGAAUUCUCCGCCCCUGGUCUGUCUACCAUAAGCGCCGCCCUUAUUGAUUUGACCGGUCGCCCGAUCUUCUCCAUGACUGGAAAUGCGAUCAGUAGCGGCCGUAUGGUCUCCCUCGCACACUGUCUCGGACUCAAUCGCGACCCUAGUCAUUGGAAACUGUCCCCGGCUGAAAAGAAUCAUCGCAUGCGCUUAUGGUGGGGAGUGGUCAUCCACGAUCGAUGGGGGAGCUUCGGUCACGGUGUACCGCCACAGAUCGCAAAGAAUCAGUACGACGUCCCUCUUCCGACAAUCGACGUACUUAUACCACCAGCAUCUCGCACCCCUGAACGCGUCCGAGCCGCGCAUUGCCACAUCGCGCUGUGCCAAUUGACGGAGAUUCUGGGCGAGUUACUGCCCCUUGUCUACGGUCUUCAGCACCGAUUCGCGCGCGAAACCACCAAGAAAGUGAGACAGAUCCGGACGGACCUCGACGUCUGGGAGGACUCGCUGCCUGACUGGCUGAGAAACCCUCCACGUACCUCUGAGGGACGCAUCUCCGGAACCAGCAGUCUUCAACUAGCGUUCCUGGCUGUUAAGAUGCUAGUGAGCCGGGUGGAAUUGAACGAGGUGAACAACUCGGAGACCGAAAACCUGGAAGCACGCCGGUAUUUCCAGACUGAAUGCCGCAAAUCGGCGGAGGAGAUUGUACAAUUCAUCUCCUCUCUUCGCAAGGAGAAUUUCCAAGAAUUCUGGCUACCAUCCAAGCCAGAGACUAACAACCCAACCCUCCCCCUCAAAACAGACAGCGCAUUCCACCUCACCACGACCGCAACGCUUCUCGUCCGCUGCGCCCUCGAAACCACCGACAACGAAGUCGCGCGGGCCUGCCUCACCAACGUCGAGACCUUCCGCGCCAUCCUGCGCCGCGUCCGCGAGGACGAGGACUGGGACGUCGCCGACAUGUGCCUGGACCACUGCGAACGGCUCCUCAGUCGCCUAGCGGCGCCCCCGGGCAGCGCCGGCACCGGCGCCGGCGGUGGUGCCACCAACCCCGACACGACCUUCAGCCAGGUCAUCGGCCUCGGCGGCGGCAUGUUGGGCGGCGGCGGCGCAGGCGGCGCGGGCGGCGCGUCCGACCACCCGGCGGCCACAGGCCGUCUCGUCAACCCGGCGGCCAUCUCGCUCCCCGAGACGCAGACCAACAACGACAUCGUCGACGACAUGAUGUCCAUCUCCGGCACCUUCGGCACCAUGGACGGCUUUCCCUUCGAUAUGACCGGCAUCUGGGACGUGUCCGUCUUCCAGGACGUCAACCUAUCGUAA